AUGGCACUGAAUGGCUCUCCGAGGAAAACUGUCCCUCUUGCGAGCGGGGACGGCGACACCCCGAGAAGGAGCGGACCAGGCAACGGGCAGAACGUGAUCAGACGCGUGUUCUAUUGUGGAGUUGUCGUGGAAGGGUGCGAGGGUGGGAAGCGCUUACCAGAUGAUGUACAGGACCUAGUGCUAUCCCUCGGUGAUCCGUGGCUUGGACAGGACCAGCACCACAUACUACCUUCUGCUGGUGAAACGACAUUGUCCGAGCAUAUCACCGGUCCCAACCAACGCCCACGACCGACUACGGAUGCGUCCGCGCUCUUGGAUGUGAUCAAUGAACUCGUAAAUACCGAACGAUCCUAUGUCAAACGCUUACGAAUCCUCAAACACGACUACGCAGACCCGCUUCGUCAAUUUUCGCGCUCCAAGAGCACAUCAAUUCUCCCGCCAUACGAGGCAAAAACCCUCUUCGGCAAUAUCGACAAUCUCCUACCCGUGAACGAGGCGUUUCUUGCGGAUCUCGAGAAGAUGAUGGAAGCGGACGGACCGAGGACGGUGGGGGGUGUGGGUGACGUUGCAUUGAGACAUUUUAAGGAACUGAGAGGCUUUGAGCACUAUAAACAGUACUAUGUCAAGCGGGAGGAAGCACAGACGAUAUUCGAGAGGGAGAUGAUGAAGAAAUCGUCAGGGUUUGCCGCUUAUCGAAUCAAAUACUCCAAUGCGGACUCGAGGAAUCGCGUCGGGUUGCGUGAGCUCUUGAUGGACCCCGUGCAACGGAUACCAAGAUACACGCUACUAUUCCGAACGAUGGUGAAGUCGAUGGGAUUGGACGAUCCGCAGCGUGCAUUGCUCAUAGAGGCGGACGAGAUUGCGAGCAAGAUUGCGCAAGCAGAGACAGACGAACAGACGCAGCGCGCUGCUGUGAUGUACUCGCUGAGUGCAACUAUCGAUGGAUUCCCUGCUGGACUCAUAUCUAACUCGCGACGGUUUAUUGAUUGCAUCGAUGUGGACGAUGUGAUCAUGGAUGCCCCUAUGGGCGCAUCCACGUCUGCAUCUAGUUUCUCUGCCACCGCGCUUCAUUGUACGCUCUUCCUGUUUGACGACAAACUUAUGAUCGCCAAGCGCCCUGGAAAUGGAGAGAAGAGUGGCAAGACGUUGGCUGGGCUGGACGAAGUGCAGAAAUUGGCCAAGACAGGGGGUCUACCCCUAGGACUCAAGAAAAGUGGCAUGAGUUGUAAAGGCAUUUUUGACAUAACUGAUAUUGUAGCCGCGGAUGUCGGCGAUUCCGAAUUCCAUGUGUAUCUUGAGAACCCUCCUCAGGAUCAGGGUGACAGGUGGUCGGGUCGCCCGUUCCGCUCCCUUUCUGUAGUUUUCCCACCGGCGCCGAUAAACUUGGACCCCUCUCGUACCGCUGUUGAAAAGGAGCGAUUUUUGGAGAAUCUAUGGUCGGCUCAAGCGAAGUACAGGACUAGAUACGGUCAGUCUGUAGUGCUUUGUGCAGACGAGGCGGAAGUCGAGGCCAAGGGCAGCAGGACUACUAUGGCACGGACAUAUUUCAACGUCUAUCAGCGCACUGCGUUCCUGCAGGAAAUCAAGAAGACCAAGAUUGUGAUGCACAUUGAUCCCCUCGGUACCGCUGAUCCGAUAUCUUUUGGUAUGGAUGGCCCGCCCUACGUGAUCGUUCGAGUGCAGCCAAUGGCAGGCGAGAUUUCGCGGUACUCCGUCACAUCGACGGAUCCUAGUGGUGACCCCGAAGAGGAGAUCGUACAAACGGCACGAAUACCAGGACGUAUCGUACAAACCAUUCACCAUUAUGGGCUGUUCAAAUUCCGUACUAGUAACGACUCUCGACCGGCGACACCUACCGCCAGUGCCCGAUCGCGAGCGCAUAUUUUCAGCUUGGAUGCGAUAUCUAGGAACCUUUUUAGUUCUAAACCGGUUUCGACGAGAAGCGAGUUAUUUGGUGGUUCUAUUAGUGGCCAUCGCCGUUCGCGAUCCAAGUCGACUACCAGUCGGUCCUCAAUAUACACUCAAACUACGACAACCGGAGAUGGCAGCCUUGCCAAGUUCUCUUAUCGUUCGGGUGGUUCAACAACCACCGCUGCCACGUCAUUGGCUUCCGGCGAAGACGACUCCUUCAGUGUCAGUAGAUCUACCAGUUCGCGUAGGAAGUUGGUCAAGAGAGGACCGUCGCCUAGUAACAGUCGAUGCUCUCCAGAACCUUCAUCUAGGCCAGCCUCUCGCUCCACUUCUCGAGACAAUCAUCCAAUCCCUGACGAUGCAGAAGUGAGCCUGGAUAGGUCGGAAGAUGAUUUGACGUCACGGCUGGAGCUGGCUCGGAGAAACAGCCAGAAUCAGCACGGCAAGCCACUUCCCCCAUUACGGGAAAACACGCAGAUUGAGGAAACUAUAUACGAAGAAGGACCACCACUACAGUUGAAACGCGGAUCACGAAUAUCUACUACGAUGGAAGCAGCCAGUCCCAUGUCAUCGGAGUCUCGACCACGAUCGCCAGCCUCGGGAGUUUCUUCACUAUUGAAGCCCUCUGUGCCACCAGCUAGUGAGAUUCGCCGAUUCGGUCCACGUAGUCCUUCAUUACCUCCCACCAGCCCUGCAUCGUCGCGCUUGCAGCUCGCAACAACGGAAGAUUCAGAUAUGGAGCUAGAGGAUGAUACGUUCCGACUGGAAGAGCCUUCUCUAACUGCUCUUCGCAACGAUACGCCUUCCUCACCUCUUCCCCGACACAAGCGUCCACAGCAAACAGCGGCAGACACACCGAUAUCUGCCCCUGUCAGCAGUAUCGAGCCUCUGCCUAUUAAGAAGAAGUCUUCCGUACGCUCAGGACAUAGUGUAUACCCUUCACCGAGGAGGCCGUACAGAAGGAUGUCGCCAUUAUCCAAAACUACCGCAAGGACAAUCUCACCGCGUAAGGUAUCACUUGAAAAGAAGGCAAAUCGCCCCUCAGAUCCACUCGCUUACACUGGAUACAUCGAACGCAUCACGCAGAUGGUUUCCACUACCAAAGAAGACAUCGACGGUUCUCGUCGUGCGCUCAAACGCAUCAGGCUUGACGUAGAUGAGUUGAGGGCAACCUCAUGCAAUGGUUCAGCAGAUCCACGGAGGUCACCGUCGCCAGAUAAAGCCCUUGCACGUACCUCUUUACGGGCCAGUCCUCCGCCAUUAACGAAGGAAGCUCAAGCCCGCAAGCGGCAGACGGAAGGGACACCUCGAAUACGUCCCUACAGUAGUUUCAUUUCAGAAAGCCCGUUAACACCUGAUGCCACUGGCAACCCCAUCAUCAGCCGGCUGGAGGUGUCAGCCAAAGACGCAGAUCAGUGCAUAAAUCGCGCGGUCACUAACCACGAGAUGCUCCAGGUUUGUCUGGAACAACUGUUCCAAGACCUCAAAGCGAAGGCUGAGGAAUAUGACAAGAUGAGGGCAGAACUACAGAACGCUAAACGCCAACGUGAGCUUGUCAAGAGUCUGCUUGUGGACGCGACAGCUGAAAAGGAAAUCAUGUAUGAGGCUUUCAAUGAGGAAUUGGAUGCAAUGUACAACGAUGCCAAUCUCCCUCACGACGAAGCAUGGCAAGCCAUGACUAACGAUCUCAGCAAGACGAAGGAAUCUAGGAAUGCUCUUAGUCACGAGAAUUCGACGCUAAAGAGACGAAUUGCCGAGUUGGAGGCGGAGAAGGAAGAGUGGGAUCUUCGUGUCGAUGCGUCCUCCCGUGACAUUUAG